UGCGUUUUAAUCUAAGCCUGUGGUGGUAAGUGGAAAGGAAAUAUGAACAGCGUUCGGUAUACUACAUCACAUACUCUGAAGAUGCUUGGGGUAAGGAAACUUGCAGUAUCCUGUAUGUUUUUAAGACACCAAAACCAAAUAUUCUUUAAACAUUUUCAAGCCAGGAAUAUUUGGAGAACUUCUGUAUGUAAAGCAGAGAAAGGUUUGAAUUAUCACCGUCCAAAUGGCUUUGAAAAACGACUAUUGGUAUGGUAUAAAAAAUAUCCUUCAGUUGUUGAGGUGCCGGAUUUUGUUCCCCAAUCUACAAUGGAAAGAAUUCGUAAUGUGGCUCGUAUUAGAAUCAACAUUUUUCUUUGUUUUGUAACUGCCUUGGCUUGUAUUGGAAUGAUUUACAGUGGGAAAAAAGCUGCUGAACGAGGAGAGUCGUUUGCUCAGAUGUCUAGGGAUUUUCACAAAAAAAGUGCAGAAAAUUCAAAACCAUAAGUAUUUGAACAGUAUUACUAGUAACAGUAACUAGAGUUAAAAACUUAAAAGUAUUUGCGAUAUAGAUCUUCAUAUAUUAUUACAUCUGAUUUGAAAAAAUCAUAGCUCAUAAUCUUUAAAUCAGAAAGUCUGUAGGUGAAUUCACUACUAGUUUACAAGGGAUAAAACAUCUACUAAUAAAAACAAAAGUUUUAGAAAAGUGUUUUUCUACAGAAUUCAUUAAAUUUUCACUAAAAUAGUAAUGUAGUUUUUGGAAAGAAAAAUGUUCAGAUCUAUUUUAUUAUGAACCCAUAGGUUUCAUGAAAUACAAGUUACUGAAUAUGUAAGGUACUGUAAUAAUUUUGUUCCCCAAUUUUCCUUGCUAGUUACAUAUGUUUAAUCAGAAGGGUUUGUUUUAUUUCUUAUAUGUAAUUGAUGUGAAUAUAUUAGUACAUUACUGAGAAAUAGUAGUAGCUUAUUACUUUAUUGUAGUAACCACUGAGGGACAGUAUUAUAAUAAUUUUUACAGCUUAUAAAAUCACUUGAAAAUUGGUGGAGUCAAAGGAACAUUUAAUUUUGGCUGGACAAGUCAAAUUAAUCAGAAAUAUCCUAUAAAGACAUGAUAGCUCAGAUUCAUAUGAAAAUCAAAAAAAAAUUGUAAGUGAACUACCACCAGAAAAAUUCAACAGAAGUGGACUUUAUUUUAAAAUACUUUUUUUUUUUAUGUAUGAUUUAUAAUUUUUGACAUUUCAGCUAUUUUACAUUUUCCAUUUGAAACCCUUGUUUUUUAAAGUGAUUUUUUAGUAUUUAUGAUGUUAAUCUAUUUUUUUGAGCCAAUGAAUAAUGUAUCCUCAAAUUAUAAAUGUAAAAAAAGUUUUCUUACUAUCCAUAUUGGUUGUUACAAGUCAUCGAAUAUAAAUGUUGGAAGAGGCUGUUUAACCCUAUGUCCACAGGUGGAGUUAAUGUGUACAUGCCCCAACCUUGUACACAGUGCCUUUCAACAUGUUAUGUAUUUGAUGUCACAGUUAUCAGCAUUUCAUGUUACCCUACAUUGCUGAAUUCUCAAGUUUGUAUAAGAGUAAAUAAAGAUACUGAAAAAACUACAGAUAUGCAUUUAAAAGGUUUUGCAAACUGAGCUAUAAACAAAAGUAUUUUCAUUCUUCAUAUAAACUAUCAGCUUGCACUCCAACUUGUCAGCCUGAAUUAGGCUGACUUAGAUAUUUCACAGACAUAUCGAUAGUAAAAAAAUUUUAAUAACACAUUUAGUAUUUUUCUGUACAGCAACAGCUUUGUAAUGUUGACUAAAAAUUUGUCAAAUUUAAUGAACAUACAAUUAGUGAGUUUGAAAUUAUAGUCAACAUAAUUUCUCUGUACAGACCCCAUGUGCAUUUCUCUUAAUUUAGUUACAAUCGAACUUGAGAUAUUUUUUAAACAUUGAUCAAAAAGUAUUAAACAUUAAUAAUUGAUUUGUUUUGAUGUUAAUUUAUAAGUGUAGUUGAUUUUUAUGCUAGUUUCCUUAAAGAAAUUUUAAUUUAUAAUACUGGUUUGUUGCUGUUAGUCUGUAAAGAAGAUUGUAUAUCAAAGAGUAAAAUAAAAAAUCCUGUGUUU